UGCAUGGUUGAGUUUCUGGGUCAGCCGGAGGACCACCAGCUCCGUGCUGGGAUAUAUACCCAGUACUAUUUCAGUGAGGAGGAGGCUGCUGGCAUCCCAACAUGGAGGCUGAUGACGCCAGAAGAAUAUACAGCUGCCAACAAUGUCAAACCAGAAGAGCGGCACACCUUCAUUGCACUGCCCAGCUCUCUGGAUGACCUGGUUAAUAUCUACCCAGAAAGGGAGGCAGCUGAAUUUGAGGACCGGAGGGCUUUUGUAGACUUCAUGAAAAUGUUGCUGCAUCUUGAUGGGGAUCAGAGAAUCUCUCCCUGUCAAGCUCUACAGCAAUCGUUCAUCACAAUGACCCACCUGACAGGGUACAUCGAGAACAGAGCCUAUCUGACCACCUCCCAAAUUAUGAUGAGCAUCUGCCCAAUGGAGGACUCAAACAGGGUAAACACUUGUGGCUCCAAAGGUGAGGCCACCAGGUCAUUUGAUGGAACCAAAGCCACUGUCUCCUAUGACGAUGGUCCCUUCACUGGGUCAUCUGAUGGGGUUCCAGUCGCUUCCUCCAAUGAAGAAGAUCCACCUGUUUGGUAUUCUGAUGGAGAACUAUAUUCUCUCACAAAUGAUGAAGAUCCAGAUGCCUGGAUUUCUGAUGGAGAACUAUAUUCUCUCGCGCAUGAUGAAGAUCCAGCUGCCUGGAUUUCUGAUGGAGAACUACAUUCUCUUGCACAUGAUGAAGAUCCAGCUGCCUGGUCUUCUGAUGGAGGACUAGAUUCCCUCUCACGUGAUGAAGAUCCUGCUGCCUGGUCUUCUGAUGGAGGACUAGAUUCCCUCGCACGUGAUGAAGAUCCUGCUGCCUGCUCUUCCAAUGGAGCAAAGCCAACAGACUCCACUGCAACAGCCUCAUCCUCCUCUGGUCAUCCCAAAAAAUUGCUGCAGAGGAUUAGCAGAUUUUUCAGUCGAAUCACAGCUCCCUUUUCCUGCUGGGGUUCAGUUGUGGAGGACUGAUUUCUUAUUCAUAAUUUCUGACUUUUGAUGAUUUACUUUGUGUCUUGUCAUUUUACUUACAUUUUGUAAAUACAGUUGACUGAUUGAUUGCA